GGCAACCAACUGGACAACUUAGCCGGCCCCGGUCAAAUCCUGUGUGUCUACCCGGCUCUUCUCGUGGUCCAAACCGCGAGUAUCGCGACUUAUCUCGAUUCAAUUUCGAUUGACAGUUAUCAGUGUAAUUAUCCCAUUGAACAUUUGGAAUAAUUUCUUGAGUGUUUAUGCAAAUUUUAACCAAGAAAUUAAAAUUUCUUUCAUCACAUAAGAUAUCAGUAAAAAAGUGUUAUCAAUCCAAUAAAGUGUUUUCAGUUUUAUACUUUAAGAAAUAACAUGUGGGACAUGAUAUGGAUUAUUUAAAUUAAUUCUAAAGGAUGAAGUGAAGGGACAAAUAUUGAAAAGUGAAUGAAAUGUGUUUAAAUGAUAUGAGGCGACGGAAGAGGAUCAGCUAAAACACAAACGUAUGUGGGUCAGGAUGAAAACACGAUUGUUGCGUUGCCCACUCUGAAUUUGAGAGAGAGGGUCGCAAAGUUGCCACGAGCUCACAUCAGAGUUCGUGGAACGGAACUCAUCUCAAAUAUGUCAAGCGGCUCAACCGAGGUGUCAUCACCAGGAUUCGAUGGAUUAGAACAUUCCAGUAAACAAAAUUCUCUAGUGUUACGCGUGGACGAGAAACAGGGGACAAAGUGUCGCUCAGGCGACAGUGAUUGCGAGAGUGAUACAAGUGAGGUUCUCAGUGUUGGCAGUGAACCGCCGCCAACAUUGUCGGAAUUUCGGGACUGUAAUAAUUCCGCGAAAUAUGAAGAAACUAGUCGAACUGAAUUCCAAGAUGAGGAGAACACAAGGAUAUCGUGUACACCAUCACCAUCGAGUUCAACCAGCUGUAAUGAUCCCUAUUAUCAUCGGACAUCGAAUCCAAUUCAAGCACCUAGUCCACCAGCGUACAGUCAACCGCCAUCAUCUCCCACGGCUUCAUCCGUUCGAUCCCCAGCAUCUUCGAGUGCCACUGCAUCCUCUCCAGGUCGACCAGAUCUUCCUCAGGAGACGAUACUCUCACGAUAUCAAUCAGCUCAUCAACAUCUUUUCUCAAGGUUCGCCAGGGAUUCAUCUGAUCUCGCCGAUUAUCCAUCACGACUACCGCACGGUUUGAGUCAUGAGAUUAUUUAUCCAGCUGCGGAAAGGUUGCACAGAACACCAAUCAGCGUUCCUUUAGUGACCAGAAUCUCCCUAUCUCCACCAUCCGCCAUGACUGUUACCGUUUUGCAAGCCUCAACGCCCGUUUUGCAUCCCACUGCAUGCAGGGAUCCACGAGAUACCCUUAUGCCACAUCCUCCUCACAAUAUUCACCAUGGACUAUCAAAUUCUCAUAGUCACCUUUUGCAAAACUCACAAAUUCAACACGUUCCAGCGACUGCAAUUCAUCAGCAUCGCUUAUCAGUUAGUAAAAUUCUUCAAAGAGAUCAUGAAAGUGUUUCGCCGAAACCAAGAGAGGAGAAUGGUAACGGAAGAACUGGUACCAAUUCCUCAAAUGGCAAUCAAAAUAAUGCCAAUGCGAUUAACAAUAAUGACAAUCAUAAUAAUAAUAAUAAUAAUAAUAAUCUUCAACAUCAGACGGGAUUAAUAAAGUUCAGUAUAGACAAUAUUCUUAAGGCUGAGUUUGGUAGGAGAAUAACGGAUCCUAUUUCAUUGAAGAAGUCACGACCCAAAAAAGUGAUUCCCAGACCAAUAGACUUAACGAAAGAUUUUCUUGAAUCGUCGUCGGAGGGUUCUGAACGUGGCUCGGAAGCCUCCACGACAAACACAUCUCCAGGUGUUCCCACGAGCAAUACUCCCACUAGCGUAUCAGGAUCGCAAGGAUCAGAACCUGGAAAAAUGGUAUGGCCUGCGUGGGUUUACUGCACCAGAUACUCCGACAGACCUUCUUCUGGUGAGUUUCUUCAUCUGUUAUAUACCAAUAAAUGA